AUGUUCUCCAAGAUCCAUUCUCACCACCAUCAGCAGCAGCACCCUUUCCCCCCACAGCACCACCACUUCCACCUCGAGGAAACUUCCGAUGAACCUACGCCGCCUCCCGCCCAACCCCUUUCCAAGGCGGAACCCACCUCGGCCGGCGACGGCGCCACCAUCGAGGUCGUGCGGCGGCCGAGGGGCCGGCCGCCUGGAUCCAAGAACCGGCCGAAGCCGCCGGUCAUAAUCACGCGGGAACCGUCCGACCCGCCGAUGAGCCCCUACAUCCUCGAGAUCCCCGGCGGCGGCGACGUCGUCGACGCGGUGGCGCGGUUCUGCCGCCGCAAGAACAUCGGGUUGUGUGUCCUCACGGGUUCGGGCACGGUAGCCAACGUCACGCUCCGUCAGCCGUCCACCACCCCCGGCGCCACCGUAACUUUCCAUGGGAGAUUUGAUAUCCUUUCCGUCUCCGCCACUUUUUUCCCUUAUCAGGGGGCGGCGCAGCCGCCGGUUCCCAAUUCGUUCUCGAUUUCGCUCGCGGGGCCGCAGGGGCAGAUCGUCGGCGGCAUUGUGGCUGGGGGUUUGGUGGCGGCGGGGACGGUUUUUAUCAUCGGGGCGACGUUUAGUAGUCCGAGUUUUCACAGGCUGCCCGGGGUAGAUGAGCAGGAGGGGAGGAGCUCCGGAUCCGCCGGCGGCGGAGGCGGUGGUGGAGAAGCGACGGCAUCACCGGCGGUUUCGGGUGCGGGCGGGGCGCAAGGAGAUUCGUCUGGCGACGGGGUGUUGCAGCCGGCGUACAGCGAGGCGAUGUGGCCGCCGAACUGCAGGCCACCGUCGCUGUCCAGGACUCCGGUGGCGGCGGCUCCUCCCGGUGGAGGAAACGAGAUCGUAUGGGGUGACAUCACGCCGCCGUCACCGUCAUCCAGCAGGGGGCGACACGCGGGGAGCGAGAUGAUGUGGCCGCCGCCACCGAACAGCAGAGCAGGGCGAUCGCCACCGCGAAGCGAGAUGAUGUGGCCGCCGAACGGGAGAGCGCCGUCGUCCAGGUCUUCACCGCCGCCUCCGGCGACUUUCUAG